UUUUUAACUUUCGUCGCUUUUUCCACUUUGCUUCAUUUUCUUCAUUUAAUUCGCAACUUCAGUGCCACACACAAUUGCUAGAAGAUGCCCCGUAACCGGAAGGCCACACAGAGUCAGAAUAAGACCUGCGAAAUACUCAAAGGAAUCGCGUGGGGUAUUCUCACCCAAAUCAUCCUCAUCAUCCACAUUCUCGUGGAUAAGCUACUCGAGACUGUCCUGGAGUGGUAUUGGAAGGAGAAGAAGACAUGCAGCUCACUCCGGGAGAAUUUCUUCAUCACCAAAAGUGCCACCGAAAUUGCGGGGCUCAUCCGGAAAGGGGAGCUUACAUCGUAUCAAGUCUGCAAGGCCUACAUUGAUCGCAUGAAGGAGGUGAAUCCACAGUUGAAUGCAAUUGCUGAUGGUCCAUUUGAGAGUGCCCUCGAGGAGGCAAAAAAGAUCGAUGAGCGUCUCGAGAAGCAUGAAGUAUCAGCGCGGGAAUUCGCGGAAAAACCCUUUCUGGGGGUACCGUUCACAACGAAAGACAGCACAGCUGUCAAGGGAGCCCUUCACACAUUGGGGCUCCUUUCGCGGGCAACAGAACGUGCCACGGAGGAUGCUGAAUGUGUGCGUUUGAUGAAGGAAGCUGGAGCCAUUUGUGUGGCCACCACAACGGUCCCAGAAGUGAACAGAUGGCAGGAGACACGCAACAAUGUCACGGGAAUCACAAAUAAUCCAUACGAUCUGCGCCGUACUGUUGGUGGAUCAUCUGGCGGGGAGGCAGCUGUGAUCAGUGCAUGCGGAAGUGCCUUUGGAAUAGGUACAGACAUUGGUGGCUCUAUUCGAAUGCCAUCCUUCUACUGUGGGAUCUACGGGCACAAACCCACCUCGGGGUUGGUUAAUAUGCGCGGGACAACGUUCAGGACGGGAAAGGAGAAGAAUACGAUGGUUGCGGCGGGACCAAUGACACGAUAUGCAAAGGAUCUGCUGCCAAUCUUCAAGGUUCUCGUAGGGCCAAAAUUGGCGUCAACUCUGGAACUGAAUGUGAAGCCCAAUGUGCGUAAAUUGCGGUACAUGUACCUGACGGACAUAAAGGAUCUCAAAGUGGCUCCCGUUGGGAAGGACAUGUUAGGAGCCCUAAGACGUGCCAUUCGUUAUAUUGAUUCAAUUGCUGAGAAUCCAUGCGUAGAAGUGACAAUUCCCGGCACGGAGAUGACCUCAAAGAUGUGGCGACACGCGAUGCGCAAGGAGCCCCAAGGCUUUGAUUUGCUCCUCGGCAAUGGGCAACCAGUGAACCCCAUUGUGGAGUUGGUGAAGAAACUCCUUGGGCAGAGUGACUUCACUCUCGCGGCAAUCUACUCGCUAAUCGAUGGGAUUCUCCCAGCGGGGAAUGUGCAGAAAAUUGAGGCUACAACACGGGCAUGUGGGAAUGCCAUAAAGGAACUUCUUGGGGAUGAUGGGGUACUCCUGGUGCCGAGUGCACCCAGCCCAGCUUCCUUCCACUACGCACCUCUCGUGCAGAUCUACAAAUUCAGCUACUGGAGCCUCUUCAACUGCCUCCAUCUGCCGGCAACGCAAAUUCCUCUCGGCUUGGACUCACGGGGUCUACCGUUGGGAUUGCAGAUUGUUGCUGCACCCAAUUGUGACAGAUUGUGCUUCGCUGUGGCUGAAGAGAUUGAAAAUUCUCUCGCAGGGUGGAAGCCACCCUUUACGACUGCUUCUUAGAAAGAAAAUUAAUCUAAAGAGUAUAAGGAAACAUUCCGGAGACACAGGAUUUUUUAUCUUAAGUUUGUAGCGAUUAAUUUUCAGGUGAAAGGUAUUUUUUUCUAUAUUUUCUAUGAUUUAUAUUUUUUCUAUAAUAAAUAUAUAAUUUUCACUAUA